CUUGGCAUUGAUGCUGACGAAUCACCGGGACACAUGAACACUUUUUCUUCAAUAGUUGAUUAUUAUAUCACAAAUUAGCAAUUGCUUGUUCCUCUGGAUUUUAGUAGAAGUUACGCUUUUGAAAUCUUUUUAAAGGUAUGGGACCAGAUAUAUUAUAUAGGGAUAUGCUUGCUGAGCAAAGAUAUUGAACACGUGAUAAAUAUUAGUGUAUGGGGAAAAAUCACUACUACUCUCUUUCGCCAUCUCUUUGAUGUCUUAUGAUUGAUUAAGAGAAACAUUUUAACCUAAUAAUAAGUUGAAGAAUUCUCAUUUUAACAAAUCCGAUAGAUGUCACCUUUCAAAGAGUCCAAGAACCUCCUUUGAUGUGACCGCUUUCCUAAUUGUAUUAUAGCGUCCAUCGCGCACUAUACUCAUAGAAUGAUUGACGGUGCGCUUACUUCGAGUUAGCUAAAGGCUGGAAAUGCUAUUGAAAGAAUAAAAAAGCUGCGACAUUCUGCGCUCAUUCAUUUCGUACAGAUGGGACGCAAUCUCAAUUCGAAAUUUGUAAAUGAAAUCGACGUCGACACAGCUGUACCCGACUUUCUCACGUCCGCACCCAUAAGGGACGGUCUUGUUAAUGAUAUGCUCUUAGUACGUCUCGUAUGUGUUAUAAAUUCUACGGGCUUUUUCUGGGCUUUGAAGGGUGUUUGUCGUAAGGAGAAGCGUCUGUGGUCGUUUGAUAAGCCUAUAUUUUUGCAUUUUAGCAUUGGGGAAAUGGCAUCGAAAAAAAGAAAGGCCGGCAAACUUGUUUCUUUGAGCCCAGACAGAAGGCUACUUGAUUCUAGCUUCGAUGGCUAUAAAUUGUCAUUAGAGGCUUUCCCCAAGUAUAGCACGUGCUUGGAAUCAGAAAUUGACCGAGUAGUGCUGAAUCAAAAUCAAUACUCCUAUCAACACCUGAAAGCUUUCGCUACGUUCAAUCAUCUCAUUGCGGACCCAUUCAAUAGUAACGUCAUAUUUGCAAUCGAUAAGCUUUGGAAAGUUUACAAGAUAAACGUUCAAUUGUGUUCGGGCGCUUUACAAAAACCGUAUUCCGUCUUCGAAAUUCCGGAAAGUAGAACCAGACGGCAGAUGGACGGUCGGUAUCACGUAACCCUUAGUGUUUUUAGCCAAGACUGGUUGGUUUUGGCCGACGGUACAGGCUUCCUUUAUAUCAUUAAAACCGGGCCUAGGGAUAAUGAUAUGGAUCUGUGGAGGAUCCAUUACUCUGGUUCACCGUUAGGUGAGCAAGAAUCAUCGAAGGUUGAACACAGCCAUACUUAUGAAGAAAAUGGACGAACUCUACUUAGCGUACUUCUUUUAUCGGUUAAAGGCGAAGAGGAAUUUCGAACUGUUUACAAUUGGUUAACUUUUGAGCUAGACGAAAGAGAAAACUGGAAUUUAAUUAGAACUAGGAGGCUUGAAGGUCAAAGUUUUCCGGAUUACUGUUGUACAGCUGGUAAUUUUCUGUACGUAUCGGCUGAAAGGCCACCGCAGUUUGUGUACGAUUCGUUGCAACCGAUUGUUGACGAUAACGAUGCUGCAGAUGGCGCCGAAACGACCGACAAAGCAAUUCCGCCCUAUUACUGGUAUCAGAGCACUGAAGAAGUCGUCGUAACCGUCUGUGCCCCUGAGGACAUAACUAAAUCCGAUGUAGAAUGUACCAUAGCAAAAAAAGAUAUUUUACUAAGAAUAAACACGUCUACAAUACUAGAAGGGAGUUUAUACGAAAGCGUCUCACCGGAUGAGAGCACUUGGACGCUUGUAGAUAACAAGUUGGAGGUGACGCUUAGCAAAUGCGUCAACAAUUGCUGGAAUGAGGUUGUCAUUGGAGAUGAUAGGGGAGAAAGGAUUUUUUCAGCCGAACAAGCUGCCGAAAUACAUGAAAGGCUAGCCCAUUUAACAUCAAACCUACAGAACCCGGAUCCUGACAAGGGGGAAAAUAAACCGUUCAAUUCUCAACAAUUAGAAGAAUGUGACUUCUUUCCGGAAGAAACGUCGGCGCUCCUUCGAAUAGACGGUGAUAGUCACAACAUCACUCAUCAGAUCUCUCUCUCACUCUCUUCCGCAGGCAAAUUUAAGCAGUCAUCAACACCUGUUUUCAGUUCCACCUGUCCGUAAUGAACUUCCGAGCUUGUGCAUUCGGCACGACGUUGAUGGUCUUAUUUGGCGAAUCGAUUCGACAUUGGAUAUUCCUUGGCAUCAUGAUGGCACAUUUAAUGCCUUGGGCUACGUGUCGGCGUCAAAGAGGAAUAAAAAAUACUCUUCCUGCAGCCCCAAUUGCCGAUAUGCAGUGCUAUGCGAUUGUGUUCGACACAUUUAUAUCUAUAGGCAACCUACUCCAAGUACAGUUCGAAACAGGAAAGCUUCUAAUUGUUCCACCGUCGCUAAACAGCAUGUUAUCAGUUUAGAAGAGACUGAGAAUAUAGAGGGAAUGGUUGUAUUGGAUAAAGCGAUCGUGUUACUGGUGGAGAAUAAAAUCUACGUCGUUAAUAUAGAAGAAGAAUAGAGUCGGUGACUGCGAACUAAUAAUGUUGCACAUCUGUGUAGGGCAUCAUUUAACGCCAGAUGUCUAGUAUACACGUCGCAUUUCGUUUGGGUUUUUAAUAAAGCUGAGAGCAAUGUUCAUUUUUUUUCU